AUGGUAAGAGGUCCAGUUGAGGAUGUCUCGCUGCGCAACGGCUCGGGGGAUGCCAAUGUCAAUGCAGAUGUUGCACUGGAAAAAAUGGGAUACAAGGGGGAGGCUGCCGCGAAAUUUGGGAAUGUUGAGUGUAUUGGGCCUUGCCUGGAAGCAAUACAACCACAUACUCGGCGGGUUCAGUCCUUUGCUAUCAUGGCCGUGCCUUUUGGCCUCAGUACAACCCUGUAUGUCAACCUGAUCAACGGACUCUGCGUUACGAUCAUUUGGGGCUGGGUAUUCGUCACUCUCAUCUCAAUGGCAAUCGCCGCAUCGCUGGCCGAAAUCUGCUCCGUGUAUCCUACAGCGGGCGGCGUAUACUACUGGAGUGCAAUGUUGGCGACAAAGAAAUGGGCACCAUUGAUGUCUUUUAUCGACGGUUGGCUGACGCUUGUGGGCAACUGGACCGUCACCCUCAGCAUCAACUUCUCUGGAGGCCAGCUGAUUCUCAGCGCUGCAACACUAUGGAAGGAAGAUUUUGUCCCCAAUGAGUGGCAGACAGUCUUGAUGUUCUGGGCAGUGAUGCUGGUUUGUGCUUUGGUUAAUGUAUUUGGUGCAAAGUACCUAUAUAUCAUUAACAAAGUAUGCAUAUGCUGGACGGCUGCGAGUGUGGUUAUUAUUAUGGUUACUUUACUAUCCAUGGCAAAACAUAAGAACCCAGCCAGUUUUGUAUUUGGGCAUUUCGACGCCUCCACAAGUGGAUGGCCGGACGGCUGGUCCUUUUUUUUAGGGUUGCUUCAAGCCGCAUACACCCUAACAGGGUACGGCAUGGUGGCAGCAAUGUGCGAAGAAACCCAAAACCCUCACCACGAAGUUCCCAAAGCAAUCGUCUUAUCCGUUGUCGCAGCCGGCAUUACGGGCAUCGUCUAUCUCGUCCCGCUUCUCUUCGUCCUCCCCCCCGUCGAGCUACUCAGAGCUGUUGCUAGUGGCCAACCGAUCGGUCUCCUCUUCAAGACCGUUACCGGUUCCGCAGCAGGUGGCUCCGGACUCCUCUUCCUACUUCUAGGGAUCCAAAUAUUUGCCGGAAUCGGCGCCCUGACGGCUGCAAGCCGAUGCACAUACGCCUUUGCACGGGACGGUGCGAUCCCCGGAUCCAGGUUGUGGUGCAGAGUUAACAAACGCUUUGACGUACCGUUGUGGGGUCUAACCUUAUCCACACUCAUUGAUUGUCUGCUGGGACUCAUUUAUUUCGGCUCUCGCCAGGCAUUUUUCUCCUUCACAGGUGUCGCGACCAUCUGUCUCUCAACCUCGUAUGGGGUGCCAAUUCUCAUCUCUGUCGUGCGCGGACGCACAAAGGUGAGAAAUGCACCCUUCUCGCUCGGCAAAUUCGGCUACACUAUCAAUGUCGCGGCAGUAGCUUGGAUUGCAUUGGCCACUGUGCUGUUUUGCAUGCCUCUUUCCUUACCCGCGACGCCGUCAACGAUGAAUUAUGCUAGCGUAGUGUUUGCAGGGUUCGCAGUGACCAGCGUUGUGUGGUACUUUGUGCGGGUGCGCAAGGAAUUCAAAGGCCCUCCUGUUUUGUUGGAGGGUGAUGAUGUAAGGGAUGUUACGGUAGUCAAUUUGGGAAAGCCUCAUCCGCAUGUUGGGGAGGGAUCGGAAGAACUGUCGAGUCCCGACGAGCGGCACAGGGAGUAUUUGAAGACAGCAUAG